AUGGAAACACAACCAUUUGAUAACUCCACCAUGAUGGAACUUCUUGAGGAAGAAGAGCCAAUUUGUAUUGAAUCAACAUUUCUCACAAUGCGAGUGAUGGAGAACUAUCUGAAAUCGUUCGAGUAUUUUCUACUGGUAUCCUGCUUCUUUUCCACUUUUUUGCAGAUCUAUGUACUGCUGAAAGCCGUCAAGUACAUCAGAAGAGGUACCGGUGACGAAUGUCUUCACGUUUUUCUAUUGAGUAUGACCCUGGGAGAUCUGCUGUUAACGUGCUUCUGCUACCCGAUUGAGCAACUCCGUGAACAGGAAAUUAUCAAACCGCCACAAUGGAUUAACAUUGCACAACACUUUCUAACAUGGGUCGGAUUAUCGGCAUCAUCGUUAAGUCUGAUUUGUUUGAAUGCUGACAAACUCAUGUAUUUCAAAUUCCCAUUGAGAUACGCCAACAUGGUUACCUCGUUUAAAGGUGUCUCGUUGGCUUUGUUCGUAUGGUUUGGAUGCAUCGUUUUUGUGACUCUCUGCUGGUGGUUGGAAUGUUUCACCUGCGAAGAGGACUGCCGUCAAUUGAUGAUUCUCCCCAACAAAGUGGUCAUGUACAUCGCGUUCACUGUUUCGGCCUGUAUUGCUCCGAGUCUCACUUCCCUUGGUGUUGCCAUUUACAUUUUGAAUGUUGUGACGACUCAUCGGAGCAAACUUUCUGAUGAAAAUGGAAAUUCUUCCCACGCCCUUGCCACUCGACUCCGAACCUUUUACUUCAUCUUCAUGACCACUAUCUUCACCGUCGGAACCUUGCUACCAUACAGAAUUUACAACAUUCAACGUCAACUGACGCCAAGGGAAACAGGAGAUAUCAGUUGCGGAAGUAUAAUCUUUUCGUGGACUUGUCUUUACCUAGUUUCUCUCAAUGCGAUCCUGAACCCAAUAAUCACUGUCACCGUAUUACCACAAUACCGUUUCCGAUGGCUUUGCAAAAAACUCGGAGGCGGUUCCUCGCCAACUGCCGUAUAUGUUUAG